AUGUUUCGAGCUGUCAGUUUAGAAGUUGUCAAUUCAUUGUCCACGGAAGCCUUCAUUGGAGCUUUCAAUCAGUUUAUUAGAUUAGAAGGAAGACCGAGACUUGUGAUGAGUGACAACGGAACUAACUUUCAAGGAUGCAGUAACUUCUUCAAAUCAUUAGAUUGGAAAGUUACUGGAAAAGAUACUGUUUUAGAAAAAAUUCAGUGGAAAUUCAAUGUUGCUGCCGCUCCGUGGUGGGGUGGAUAUUGGGAACGUAUCAUCCGGAUCCUGAAAGAUAUGAUGAAACGAUCUAUUGGAAAGUCUACUCUCAAUAGGAAGGAAUUAGAUGAGUCAUUGCUUAUUAUGGAAGAGGUGAUCAACGGGAGACCGCUAACGAAUGUUAGUGAAGAUAACGACGAAUUAGAACCCCUAACUCCCUCCAUGGUUAUGUCAAACCAAUGUGAACUCAAGUUUCCGGAAGGAGAGGAUUCUGAAAAUCUGAAUUAUCGAUGGAAGUACAUGAAGAAACUGAGAGAUGAGUUACGACAACGUUUUCGAAAGGAAUAUUUGUCCCAGCUCAUAAGUAGAAUAAAUCAGAAGCCAUCUCGUCGUGUUAUGGAAUUGAUCCCCGGUAAAGAUGGAAUUGUUCGAGUAGUCAAAGUGAAAACAGAAGUAGGGCUACAAACAAAACCUAUUCAAAAUCUGUACCCCUUGGAAGUGAACCCUUCGAGGACUACAUUGAUGACGUCAUUGUUAACUGUAACGCAGAUAGAAGUUGAAAGUGAAUUGAAACCUGUGGUGUCAAUUGUGGGAGAAUGUAAAUUAUCGAGUUAG